AGAGUGAACGAAAGAGGAGGGAAAAGCUGUGCUGUAGUUAGACAGUGAGUGUACUCGCUACCAAGUCGCACUGCUUAUCCCUCUCUAUUUCUCUACUGAAUGGAAGAAACAGAAAACAAAACUGAUGUUAAAAGUUUCGUUUCUCAUCCAAGCUGACUCCCCUCUAUAUAGCCCACUUUGUGUCUCUCUCUCUCUCUGUGGAUGUGUUGCACCUGAGGGCAUUGCUGCUGAGUGCUUUAUUGUGGUUGAGCGUAUAUACCCUAACCAUACCUUUGGGCAAUAAUAUAAGAUUAAAAAAAAAAAAACAAAACAAUUUUCAGGGUACACAUAGGAGAAGCCUCCAUUAUAUUUUUUCUCCAGUUAUGAACUCUCUACCGGGUUACUCAGGAGCUAGAAUAUCUGGCUGUUGGACACUAAGAUCUGAUGGCAGUGGAGGUGGUGAGGGUUCACUGGACCGCCUCCUGCCUUCAGUAAGCACAGGCCUUUCUCCGAGGAAAAGGACCACCAGUCAGUGUAAGUCUGAGCCACCCCUCCUACGCACCUCCAAGAGAACCAUCUACACCGCAGGACGCCCACCCUGGUACAACGAACACGGAACACAGUCCAAAGAGGCCUUUGUUAUCGGUCUAUGUGGUGGCAGCGCUUCAGGAAAGACAACAGUAGCAAGGAAAAUCAUCGAAGCUCUUGAUGUUCCGUGGGUUGUUUUGCUUUCAAUGGACUCUUUUUACAAGGUCCUGUCCUCAGACGAGCAGGCUCUGGCAGCUAGCAACGACUAUAACUUUGAUCACCCUGACGCCUUCGACUUCGAUUUGCUGACCCACACCCUGCGCAAACUUAAACAGGGAAAGAGCGUGAAAAUCCCUGUGUAUGACUUCACAACACACGGAAGACAGAAGGAGUGGAAAACCGUGUAUGGCGCCAGUGUUAUCAUCUUUGAGGGAAUCAUGUCCUUUGCGGAUAAAGCACUCCUCCAGUUAUUGGACAUGAAGAUCUUUGUGGACACAGACUCCGACAUCCGGCUGGUGCAUCGCCUGAGGAGAGACAUUACGGAAAGGGGACGAGACAUUGAGGGGGUCAUCAAACAGUACAACAAGUUUGUUAAGCCGGCCUUUGAGCAGUAUAUCGAACCCACCAUGCGCCUGGCUGACAUUGUGGUGCCACGUGGUGGUGGCAACAUGGUGGCCAUUGAUUUGAUAGUACAACAUGUCCACAGCCAGCUGGAAGAGAGGAAACUUCGCUGGGACAUGGCAGCCCUGGCUUCAGCGCACCAGGCCCAACCCCUCCCCCAGACCCUCAGCGUUCUGGAGAGCACCCCCCAAGUGAAGGGCAUGCAUACCAUCAUCAGAAACAAGGAAACCAGCCGUGAUGAGUUCAUCUUCUACUCCAAGAGGCUGAUGCGUCUGUUGAUUGAGCGAGCACUGUCCUUCCUCCCUUCACAGGUCCACAUAGUCCAGACGCCCCAGGGAGAGGAUUAUGAAGGCAGGACUUUCCAUGGAAAGAGGAUUACAGGCGUGUCCAUCCUGCGGGCUGGGGAGACCAUGGAACCAGCACUGAGGGCUGUUUGCAAAGACGUCCGUAUCGGAAAAAUCCUCAUCCAGACCAACCAGGAUACAGGAGAACCAGAGCUCCACUACUUGCGGCUUCCGAAAGACAUCAGUGAAGAUCAUGUGAUUCUGAUGGACUGCACCGUGUCCACCGGAGCUGCCGCCAUGAUGGCUGUACGAGUCCUGCUGGACCACGACGUUCAGGAGGAUAAGAUCUUGCUGGUGUCUUUGCUCAUGGCUGAAAUGGGGGUCCAUUCAGUUGCCUACGCAUUCCCACAGGUCAAGAUUAUCACAACAGCUGUGGACAAGAAGGUCAAUGAUCUCUUCCAUAUCAUACCUGGUAUAGGAAACUUCGGGGAUCGUUACUUUGGAACAGAUGCACCUCCAGACUGGAGCGACGAAGACAUGGAUGAGCCCAGUUACUGAUCGAACAUUGGGAAGUGGACUAAUGAUUCAGGGCUUCAGGACAAUACGAGGACACACUGUAUCGGGAUAUUAAGUGUGUCCCUUGGUUUCAACGACCAAAAAAAGACGCUCCAAAAACAAACUGAAAACAGGACAAAUCAGUUGCGUAUAAUGUGCCCUCACCGCAUUUAAAUUAUAAUAUUUUAUCUUAUAUGGUGUAUAUGCUGUUGUGGAAAGUUGUGAUAUGAAUCUGAAAUAUUUUUAUAUGUACAGUAUGUUAUAAGUCAAAAUGUUUUAUUUUGCUUUUGAAAUUGUGACAAUCGUACAGUUGAAUGUGAAAAUAUGUUGUUUUGAAAAGACCUAUUUUGCCUUAAGCCAUGUACUGUGGAUGACGACUGAAUGUGAAUUUGCACGUUAAAGACAAAAAAAAAAAACUCACGCUUUUAAGAUUAUUUUGUACCACAUACCUUUCUCAAAACUUUCACAAAACUAAAAUCUGAACAUGAUCUCGCUUUGCUCAACUUCCAUCGCCACGAGCACUUUCUGAAGGACCAUUCAAUCGGAAAAUGUGUAGGUGUAUCUGUCUUUUUUUAGCUUCCUGGUUCACCCCUUUUCCUACUCUGUGGAUGCCGACCUUACCGCUUAUAAAGGGUUUUAAAAACCGAUUUUCAUUAUACAGCCUAAAGUAUGCACUCAUGGUGUAUAUUUAUGCAGCGUAUCCUUCAUUUACAUAUUUUCUACUAUGGAUAGACCUGAUCAGCCUGCAGACAAGUCAUGCAUGAAAAUGGGUCAUCUGCAUUUAACAAACAAUACAGAAAAAGUGUAUUAAUCAGUCUGACAUGUCCUGAAAUAUGCCUCAGUUUUAACCACGGUUUACUGGAUUGUUUAGUCUUAGACGUUGUGGAUCCUUAUGAGGUUAGAACAUUUACACGUGAAAAUAUCAAUGAAAUUCACGAGCAUCUUAUUGAAGUCGGUGCCUUUUUCUUUGUAGAAAAUGUUUGACUGUUCAACCUGGUCCAAAUGGUUUUAUUUGAGUUUCUGGAAGACAUGAAAGGGAAACACAAACGCGUAUGUUCUUUUUGAUAUAUUAUUUCAUUGCAGAAUACUGGAUUUCACAGACCUGUUUGAAUUCACAAGAGAAAAAAAAACUUGAUCAUUUCACUGCAGCCUGUAGUCACAAUGACUCUAAAUACUGUUACUCGAUGGUUUCCUCACUUUUCUUUUUUUUUUUUCCAUGAAGUCACCUGCUGCUGUACAGUGUGUGCUUACCGCUGAACACAACCAUUAGCGAGUCACUCUGUUCUAAAAAUCCAAUGAUUGUGCUUGCAGCCUGUGUGCUGUUUUGUGUUUACCACUUCUGCCGCAUGUUUUUAUAUAUUUAAUAAAAGUGCAAUAGAGCUCA